GCAGCCGCUCUCUCUUUCUCUUCACUUCAUCCUUCGGUCUUCAUCCUUCGGUCCUUCACGCAGUGUUCAACUUGAAUCACACUUUGCCCCUUUGCUUCAUCGCUUCUAUCGACUAUCGUGCUCUGCCUUUGCUCAUCGACUCGCCAAAUCCGAACUCCAUUUGUCGCGACUCACCGUCUCUGAAUUUCAUUUGUCGUCGACUGGCUGUCUCCAACCUCCAUUCUCAGUUAGUUUAAAUUUGAUGGAUACCAAUAACUGGAGACCUACUCAAGGCACUGAACCACCUAUGGAUACAAGUGAUUGGAGGGCUCAACUACAACCUGAUUCACGCCAGAGAAUUGUCAACAAAAUAAUGGAAACAUUGAAAAGGCAUCUUCCAGUUUCUGGUCAAGAGGGAUUACAGGAGCUUCGAAUGAUUGCUCAAAGGUUUGAAGAGAAGAUUUAUACUGCUGCGACAAGCCAGCCCGAUUAUCUGCGGAAAAUAUCUUUGAAGAUGCUUACAAUGGAGACUAAAUCCCAGAAUAACAUGAACAACCCCGUGCCAUCAAACCAAGGUGGCCCUAGGAAUCAACCUCCUGAUGCAGGACUCAUGCAGCCUCAAGUUCAAAAUCCAGGGCAGUCACAUCCAAUGCCCAUGCCUAAUCAACCUCAAUCACGUCAACAGAUUCUAUCUCAAAAUAUUCAAAAUAACAUCGCACCUCAAUCUAAUCUGUCAUCUGCGGCCAAUAUAGGCCAGACUUCUAUGCAGAACCUUGGCCAGAAUUCCAAUAUGCAGAACAUGCCUGGACAGAAUUUAGUGGGGACCACUGUUAGCCAGAAUUCUAACAUGCAGAAUAUGUUUACUAGUUCCCAAAGACAAAUGCCAGGAAGGCAGCAGGUUGUUGGCCAACAGCAACCACAGAAUCCGCAGCAGUAUCUUUAUCAGCAGCAGCAGCUUUUGAAGCAUAAGCUCCCACAUGCACACUCACUCAUGCAAAUACAGCAGCCACAGCAGCAGCAGCUGCAGCCACAACCACAGCAACCUCAGCCGCAGCAGAAUCUUCUGCAACCAAAUCAGUUGCAGUCUAAUCAGCAAUCCAUUAUGCAAACGUCAUCUGUCAUGCAGCCUUCCAUGAUGCAAACUCCUUUAUCUGGCCUUCAGCAGAAUCAACAAUCUAAUAAUGUUCAAUCGUCAACACAAUCCAUGCUUCAGCAGCAUCCCCAGUCUGUUAUGAGGCAGCAACAGAAUUCUGUUGUUCACCAGCAACAAGCACCAAUAAGCCAACAGCCAAUAUUGCCUUCACAGCAGCAGCAGCAGCUUAUGGGGCAACAGUCAAACGCAACAAACAUGCAACACAGUCAGCUACUUGGGCAACAAGGUGGUGUUGGUGAUAUGCAGCAACAACAGAGGUUGAUUGGACAGCAAAAUAAUAUUACAAAUCUGCAGCAGCACCAGCAACCACAACAGUUAAUUAAUCAGCAAAACAGUCUCUCAAAUAUGCAUCAACAGUUGGGAAGUAACGUCCCUGGCCUGCAGCAGCCGCAAUUGCUUGGACCUCACUCUGGCAACUCUGGCUUACAAAAUACUCAGCACUCUGCACACAUGUUGCAACAACCAAAGGUUCCAAUGCAGCAACAGUCACAACAAAAUACAUCAAAUUUGUUACCAUCUCAAGUGCAGCAACAACAGCCACAGGCUUCACAGCAGCAAAUGAUGUCCCAGAUUCAAUCUCAGCCUGCACAGAUGCAACAGCAAUUGGGUUUGCAGCAGCAGCCAAAUUCCCUGCAGCGAGAUAUGCAGCAAAGGCUUCAAGCAUCUGGCCCUUUAGUUCAACAGCAAAAUGUACUUGAUCAACAAAAACAGCUGUAUCAAUCACAAAGAGCCCUUCCAGAAACAUCAUCAACUUCCCUGGAUUCAACAGCGCAGACUGGACAAUCAAGCGGGGGUGAUUGGCGAGAAGAAGUGUACCAAAGGAUCAAAAUCAUGAAAGAAACAUACUUGCCAGAAUUGAAUGAAAUGUACCAGAAAAUUGCUGUUAAGCUUCAGCAGCAUGACUCCCCUCUACAACAACCAAAGUCAGAGCAACUUAACAGGCUGAAGAUAUUUAAAACAAUGCUGGAGCGUCUUAUAACAUUUCUACAGGUCCCCAAGAGCAACAUUGUACCUGGUAUGAAGGAAAAAUUGGGUUCCUAUGAGAAGCAGAUUAUUAACUUUAUAAGUUCUAAUAGGCCCCGGAAACCUCUACAGCCGGGACAACUUCCCCCUCCUUCUAUGCACUCUAUGUCACAGCCACAAUCCCAACUUGCUCAGGUGCAAUCUCAUGAAAAUCAAAUGAACUCCCAGUUGCAACCAAAAAAUAUUCAAGGUUCUGCAACAGCAAUACCUCAGAAUAACAUGUCAAAUUUGCAGCACAAUUCAAUGUCUGGUGUGUCAACAGCACAGCAGAGUAUAAUGAAUCCCAUGCAACCUGGUGCCAGUUUAGAUUCAGGACAAGGAAAUCAUUUAAACUCCCCGCAGCAGGUUCCAGCAAGCUCCCUUCAACAAAACACUGUCAGUGCACCCCAACAGAGUAACAUGAACCCUAUAUCAUCACAAGCUGGAGUAAAUGUGAUCCAAUCAAAUCUAAAUUCCCUUCAGUCAAGUUCCAGUAUGCUUCAGCAUCCACAAGUGAAACAGCAACAGGAACAGCAGAUGUUGCAGACUCAGCAUCUCAAACAAAUGCAGCAGCGGCAAUUGAUGCAGAGGCAGCAGCUCCUGCAACACCAGCAACAAUUACACCAACCAGCAAAGCAACAGCUGCAUGCUCAAUUGCAAACACACCAAAUGCCACAGCCUCAUCAAAUGAAUGAUGUGAAUGAUAUGAAGAUAAGACCAGGAAUGGGUGUUAAGUCAGGGGUCUUUCAGCAACAUCUUUCCUCAGGCCAACGCCAAUCUUAUCCCCAUCAGCAGUUGAAACAGGGAAGUACAUUUCCUGUUUCUUCACCCCAACUCCCCCAGACUGCAUCUCCUCAGAUUUCACAGCAUUCAUCUCCCCAGAUCGAUCAGCAAAAUCUUCUUCCACCUCUCACAAAAGUUUCGACCCCUCUGCAAUCUGCUAACUCACCAUUUGUGGUCCCGACUCCUUCACCUCCCUUGGCUCCAUCUCCUAUGCCUGUAGAUUCAGAGAAACCCAUCUCUGGUGUUUCAUCAAUAACAACAACUGCAAAUCUUGGGCAUCAACAAACGGGAGGUGCAGCAGCACCAGCUCAAUCCCUUGCCAUUGGGACUCCUGGUAUAUCAGCUUCUCCUUUGCUGGCAGAGUUUAGUGGUCCAGAUGGUGCUCAUGGCAAUGCUUUAGCUUCCAGUUCUGGAAAGUCAACUGUUACAGAGCAGCCUAUUGAACGCUUAAUUAAAGCGGUAAACUCAAUGUCAUCUAAAGCAUUAAGUGCUGCGGUCAGUGAUGUUGGCUCAGUUUUCAGCAUGGUUGAUAGAAUAGCAGGAUCAGCCCCAGGCAAUGGAUCCAGAGCUGCAGUUGGUGAGGAUUUGGUUGCCAUGACUAAAUGUCGUCUUCAGGCUAGAAAUGUAGUUAACCAAGAUGGAACUAAUGGAACCAAGAGGAUGAGGCGAUAUACCACUGCCUUGCCUUUGAAUGUUGCAUCAUCCGGUGGUAGCAUGAAUGAUAGCAUCAAGCAGUUUACUGCAGCAGAGGCUUCUGAUCUGGAGUCAACUGCAACAUCAAUUAUCAAGAAUCCAAGGAUUGAGGCUAAUCAUGUCCUAUUGGAAGAGAUAAGGGAGAUUAAUCAACGACUUAUAGAUACAGUUGUAGGUAUCAGUGAUGAGGAUGUUGAUCCAACUGCUGCCGCUGCGCGCUGCUGUUCUGGAGGGGCAGAAGGAACCGUUGUCAAGUGUUCUUACAGUGCUGUAGCUCUCAGUCCAAGCUUGAAAUCACAAUAUGCUUCAGUGCAGAUGUCACCAAUUCAACCCCUGUGGUUGCUAGUUCCUGCAAAUUACCCCAAUUGUUCCCCCAAACUCUUAGACAAGUUUCCAGUUGAAUCCUGCAAGGAGAGUGAAGAUUUGUCAGCGAAAGUGAAGUCAAGGUUUGGCAUAUCCCUGCGAAGCUUAUCGCAACCCAUGUCGCUUGGUGAGAUAGCGAGGACCUGGGAUAUUUGUGCUCGUACAGUUAUUUCAGAGCAUGCACAGCAGAGUGGUGGAGGGAGCUUCAGUUCUAAAUAUGGGACUUGGGAGAAUUGCUUGAGCACUGCAUAGUGAUUGAUCCAGGAAGAUGAUAAGUUCUUACGUACAGUCCUUCCAUAUACAGUUAGAUGACUUUAUCAAAGUAGGCUUGUAAAUAUUUGAGUUCUUAUUAGCUCACUGUCCACCUAGUCAAUACUUUAUGUGCGUUUAAUAAGUAUUAUCCUUGAUAGACAUGCAAACCCUUUUGGUUUACUGCCACAGAAAUAGCCAAAGCUUUUGUUGGAAUAACUGCAGAGCAGCUUAUGCAGAAGAAGGCAGUUGAGAGAAUAACAUGGGAUGUUUUCUUGGUCACUUGGAGUUGUUUUUAAAUGUAGUUGAGAUGGCAUGCUUGUAAACUGGGUUUUGACGAUUUCAAUGGCUAAGUAGAAAUUUCAUUUGCCUGAUA